AUGGAUAUCUCUUGCAGCGAAAAGCCAGUCCUCGAAGUACCACCAGGGGUUGGUCUCCCCACCAUCAACUCGGAGAAUCUUCGUACUUCUGCUUUGAUGGACCAGAAUACGCGCCAGCCUUUCACCCAACGACACUUGCAUGUUGUCGGCAAGCGCGCAUAUGAACUCGCCGUUUCGAUCUAUCUUGUCACCACUUUCCCCGGUGUCUCCAACGUUAGAAUGACGGUACUCCAUGAGAAGUUAACUACUCUCCAAGAAGUCAUCUCAUUGUCCUCCCAGCUUGAACUUCAUAAGAGCUUGUAUCAGUACGGUGGCACAUUGGGCGAUAAGUCGAUGUCCAAUGCUUUCUACGCCUGGAUGGGCGCUGUUCUUGUCGAAAGCGGGAUUGCUCCUGUUUGCAAGUUCUCCGCCACAGUUCUCGAACACAACCACCAAAAGAUCCAAAGUCUUGGUGUCGAGCCUGAUAAUGGGGCAUCCAACAGAGUCAUCCUUGGUAACAUCGGUGUUCAAGCCGGCGUCAUGAUUGGCAACCAGGAAAACGAUGAUAUCGAUGGAAUGGAGCUCAUGGAGGUCACUCAAACUUUGGCUGAUAAAUCGGUAAGAUUAUCAAUCGAGCUCGCCGAUGGUACCGAAAUAAAGAAGCUGACCAGGAAAAUAUUUGCUUUCAGCCUUCUAAGCGACUCUUUGAUUAGCGAACCAGGAGAAACCCCCUCGCUUGCCGGGUCAGAGACGAUGAAGCGCAGAAAGUUGGCCCGGCCAAAAUUUGCCCCCUUGGCCUUCGAGUAA